CUGGCAUCCAGAGGGACACCGGGGACCAUGUUGGGAAAGUAGAUCACCAUCCUCAAUGUUGUCACUACAUUACGGCUGACGACCGGGUCAACCUUGCCUACACCCAGGCGUCGCAGUGUGGACGAUGACCAAUGCGUGCUCUGGAACCUCUAGGGCCCCUUUCGCGCGGCACGCAGGACAGAUCGUCUCCGUAGUCGUGUUGGCUCAGGCUCGUGCUGGCCUCGGCGGCGUCGGUUGUGCAGUGGCGGAGCAGGCAGGCCGUUCGCACGGUACCGCGCUGGUUGCACAAUGACGGAGCACGCGGGCCGUCAGUACGAUAUCGUGCUCUUCGGUGCAACUGGCUUCACUGGGCGGCUGGCCGCCAGGUACCUGGCCACGGCGGCGCGGGCCGCAGAGGCGAGGUGGGCCGUGGCCGGGCGGAGCGAGCGAAGGCUGAGCGAUCUGCUGCGCAGCCUCGGCGAGCCGGCAGGGGUCGGCGCCAUCGUCGCGGACGCCGCCGAUGGUGCCAGCCUGAGGGCCAUGGCGCGGCAGUGUCGGGUCCUUGCCACGGCAGCCGGGCCCUAUGCUUCGAUAGGGCUUGAGCUCGUGGCGGCGUGCGUUGAGUCCAGCACCCACUAUGUUGACAUCACGGGCGAGCCGAACUUCGUCCGCGAGAGCAUCGAUCGACAUCACGCCGCCGCAGCCGCGAGCGGUGUCAAGGUCGUGCACUGCUGCGGCUUGGAUUGCAUCCCUGUUGACCUCGCUGUAAUGCUGGCCAUCGAGGGGCUCUCUGGGCCACCGAGAACGGUCCGCGCACUGUGUACCAGGAUGAAUACCUGGGCGAGCGGCGGUUCGUUCGACUCCGCGGCGGAGGUGCUCAGGUGGAUGCGGGACCCUAGCAACGCUGCCCGAGCUACAGACCCAUACUUGCUGGCGCCAGUUGCAGCUGCCAGCCUCCGGGUCGACAGCAAGUGGACCGGCAAGGUCGGGCUCGGCUUCGACAGGGCAUUCGGGGCGGUCUCGGUGCCGUACGUCAUGGCGUUCGUGGACAACCGGGUGGUGCGCCGCAGUCUGGUGCUCCGCGGCCAGGCAGCCAGCUACGACGAGGCGAUGUCCGCAGGCGCCAUUGCGCGGUUCUGUGCGUUCGCAGCCUGCCACGCGCCAUCCCUUCUGCGGCGACUGCGCCCGCGGGCAGGCGAAGGACCUUCCGCGUCAGUGCGGAGAGACGGAAGUUUCGAGUUCCACGUCCUCGCACGGAGCGCGGAUGGGCAGGAGCACCGCGUGGUCGUGAGCGGCCUCGGUGACCCUGGCUACAGGGCCACCGCCGCGAUGCUCGCGGAGAGCGCGCUGUGCCUCGCUCUGCGAGGCGGGCGCGGGGACGAGGAGGCGGCCUCCUGCAGCGGCGGCGUGCUCACGCCCUCGGUGGCCAUGGGCUCCGCGCUGGUCCGGAGGCUGGAGGGCACCGGCCUCUUCACCUUCCGCGCGCCCGACGGGGCGCGCCGGCGCUGCCCCUGCCCGAGGCGGCGCGGGGGAGGCCACGCCCUGCUGGCGAGCCCCUGACGGGCCGCACGGCCCACGGGGCGGCGCGAGCGGGAGCGCUGCCCGCAGGGGCAGCGGUCGGGGCCCGAGGGAGGCGGGGGUCCAGGCAGAAAGCCCCGAGCAUCGGUUGCAUCGGAAGCUGCCUCGCCCACGAGGCCUCCCGAGGCGGUGGCGGUGCGCCCGCGCCUGGAGGGCGCCGCCGGGUCGAGGCCCUCUCCCCCCAACGCCUGCCUCGCCGUCCCGCGCACGCGCCAUGAGGGGGUGGCAUCACCACGCCAUCUUCCGCCGAGGAUCGCCCCGCCAGCAGUUGCGAGCCUUCGUGCUGAGCGGCAUGCCUGCCGAACGGGAGCAAGGUGUGAAGAGGCGGUGGCAAGGUGCGCAGCGGCCCGUGGGGUGAGCCGUUGUGCUCGAUGCGUGUGGGAUGUUGCUUGCAGGUCGGCAUCUGUCACAGCUCAAUGCUAAAGGGCCAGCAACAUCGGUCUCGAUCGUGUCUCUUGAGCAAGUUUCUGACACGCGCAAUGUAAGUUUCGACCGCUCCCUGCAGACAGAUGUACGCGGCGGGAGUUGUUUAAGUCAGCUCUAGCGUAGUACUGCAACGGGGAGGAUGCAGAGCGUUGUUAUCAAGAUCGUGGGGAAGAGUGUGCCCAAGAUGUCGAGCCGGAGUCUGAUGAGGUGACUCGCCUGGAC